AUGACAUCUGGGCAAGUAGAACACAAUGCUAUUCCCCACUGCCACCCUAGCCUCGUCACUCAUAGUAAUUUUGUCACUUGUGGCUCAAUUACAUACAAAGAAGCAGAUUCUCUUUCAAAGGCCAAAAUUCGGGUAUGCAUGCAAGCCAAAGGUGAAUAUAGGGAAGUUAGGAGAGACUUAGCUUCUGCCUAUGAUAAGACUCAAAAUAGUGAAACUCAGAUUACAGAGCACGAGGCGCUGCAGAGAGGGUUUUCACGUCACCGCUGGGCCGCAGGGGAGCUGGUCGUGGAAGCUCGGGAAGAAGGCUGGCGCAGGGGCCGCGAGACGGGGGAAGAGCAGCAGACAGCCGCCACUCACACCCGCGAGGACCGCGGUCUGGCCCUGCGAUGA